UGCAUACAAGAAUGAGUUAAAUAAAAAUCAAUUAGUUUUAGGGGGCAAAAAUAAAUAGCUUAUUGUAUUAUUUUUUGGCUUCGGGCAUCAGAACGAAACCACCGCGGAGAGGCUUUUCCUGUUUCCGGCUACACCUCCAAUUUCCGGUAAAGCCAUGGCGAUCGACGACCGAAGACAACGAACUGAAGAAAAUCACCGAAAGAAUGAUUCCUUAUCAAUGGAAUCGGAGUCUUCCACAACUUCAAUAACCGAUCUCCCCGAGAGCAUCCUCCUCCACAUCCUAUCUUUCCUCCCGAUAACCACCGCCAUCAAGACCACCGCCGUCGCACGCGACUGGCGCAACCUCUGGCGCUCCCUUCUCAAACUCAAUUUCGACCUAGAAGAGUUCCAUUCCCAUAUUCCAGAGAAACCUAACCGGGACGCUCGCCAGCUGUUUGCUGAAUUUGUUAGCCAAGCGCUCCUCUACCGCCCGAGGCAUCUCCCGAUUGAGAACUUCAAACUGCAAUUCUUAUUUAAGGAUUGUGAUUCCAUGAGGUCCUUCGUUGAUUUCUGCCUUCGGUACGUCAUUAGUUGUCAAGGGACGGAGCUCGAUUUCAAUUUUAUUACCUUUGGUUACAGUCCAUCUUUUAGGCAGGGGAGUUCAAGUGAGGUUGAAGAUGUAGAUGAAGGUUUCCUUAAUCCUGAUCGUUAUUCUUUUGAUGUUUCUGAACUUAAGAAUAGCUCCGUUAAGACUCUAAGGCUGUGUGGUUGUAAUGUCGUUGUCCCUGGAAAGGAGUUAUUGUCUAUGAAGAUUAAUUCUCUCAGGAAAUUAUGUCUACAGGAGUUUUGUACUACAGACGAAGAUAUUGAGAAUAUGAUGGCAGUAUGCGGUAAUCUUGAGGUUCUAUCCAUUGAGAAUGUGUCGGGUUUUCACAAUUUGAAAAUAGCAUCCCCAAACCUCAAGCAUCUGAAGUUAGAUACCUUCAAUGAUGAUUUCUACACUGGAGAAAGUUCACUUGAGAUAUGUGCACCAAGUUUGGAAUCUGUAAAAUUCGAUUAUACUUACGCAAACAGGUAUGUAUUGGAUGGUACAUCAUCUUUGGUCCAAGCUCAUGUGUGCUUUUGGGAAAGAUCUUGGAAGGCCUUCACCUUCUGGACUAAAGUAGUAAGUUUUGUAACUGGGGUCACACGAUUAACCACCGAUAACAUGUGGUAUUUCUCUCUGAAGCCUCAAAGUCGCUUUGACCGAUCUAUAAUGAGUGAACGGUGUUAUAAAGAGCUUAAGAUCGGAGAGGAUGUUUUCUCCAAAACUUAUGCAUUCAACAAUCUCAAUUACUUACAGCUAUUCACUGGGUACGAAAGUUAUGAUGUUCUUGGUCUGGAUAUUGCACUUAAGGCGUGUCCACAGCUGGAAACUCUUGUCCUCGUGUACCUAUAUGAGUCGGAUCAUGAUGUGAGUACAUCUUUGAGCAUUUAUUUACAGUUUAAAUUCUCAUAAACACUUAUGGAUUAGCAUGUGUCACCCAAUCUAAUCAAUGCUGCUGACAUUGGUAAUUUUAUCCAAUUUUUAGGGAGGUCUAGAGGGAAAUACAGAAGUGAGUUCGAUAGUUUUCAACAUGCCUAGACUUAAGCUAGUCAAGAUGAAGGCUUAUGGUGGAACCAAAAAUGAAAAGUACCUUGCAAACCGCUUGAAAAAGCAUGGAGUUGUUUUGGAAAAGAUUAUUGCAUUUCCUCCACGUGCUUCUGGAGAAUCAUCACAUUCUCUUGUUCUUUGAUUGGAAACCUUACAAUCAAAAGAACUUACUCUAGAAACUUGUUUUAGAAUAUUGCCAAUAUACUUGAUUCAUGCCCUUAUGUUGAUGGAUCUUUUGUAAGGCUGGUUGCCUGGCCGUACAUAUUCUUUUACGCUUUUGUUUUCUUUUUUUCUUUAAAACUUAGUAGAUCGCAUGCAUGUUUAAAACUAAAACUUCUUCAAAUUCAGUAGAUGAGUAGCACUCAGAAGAGCAAUGUUUGUGGUUGGAUCUAGAUGUAUCUAAUCUUGAUGAAUUGGCAUUGAGGUGAAAUUGAAAUCGUA